CACAUCAAGCCAAAAGCCAUCGAAAUCUUCCCGAUUUGUUUAAGAACAUAACUCUUAAUACUAUUUAUAUAUUAUCAUUAGGAGUUUGGUGCCAAUAAAAGAGGAUUCAGUGAUAGUUAUGUCAAAGAAUUGUUAAAUUUAAGUAAAUAUUGUGCAGUGAAAAGAAAAAACUGUGGAUUCAAACACCAGGUACCAGGAAUAUGUCUGAACUGUCUGUUACUUCGGAAAUUUACGCCGAAAACGGAUACGAAACCAGCCCAGCUGAUAUAGACAAUUAUGUGAUAACAACCUUCCCAUUUUUUUAUAAUGAUACUGGUUUAGCUGUUGUGGAUGAAGAUGGUGAUUAUUGCGUUCAAAGGAAGACUGAUGUUAAACAAUAUUUAAAAUUAGAAUAUUGCCAAUCAACUACUUUGAAAUUAGUUGGAUUACAAAUAUGGCGAGGCGCAUUUUUAUUAGCUGAUUUUAUUCUGCAUCAUGGCACCGAAUUAUUAAGUAAUCGCACAACUAAAUCUGAUAAAACAUCUGCAGCAGUUUUAGAAUUGGGUUCCGGUUCCGGAUUAACCGGCAUAGUAGCUGGUAUGAAAUUCGACAACGUAAUUUGCACAGACAUUGACAUUGGAGGAAUACUAGAGUUAAUAAACAGAAAUAUACAAAGAAACCUAAACAAUAUAAAAGGACGAGUAUGCACAAUGGAACUUGAUUUCAAGAAGGAAUUAUCAGAACCUAUGAUAAAAGAAUUAGCAAAAGUAGAAUUAGUAAUAGCAGCUGAUGUUAUCUACGACAACGAUUUAACAGAAGAAUUUGUCAAAACUUUGGAAUGUAUAUUUGCAAUCCCACCAAAGAAAACAGCUUACAUCACGUUGGAAAAGAGGUAUGUCUUCACAUUAGCUGAUUUGGACACGGUGGCACCUUGCUAUGAAUAUUUUAUGGAAUGUUUAGAUAAAGCAAAAUAUCGAAGCAUUACAACUAAACAGAAUUGGCAAAUAACAAAAUUGGAAACAAAUUUUCCGAAAUAUUUUGAAUACGAUCGUUGCAAAGAACUAGUUCUGUUGAAAAUUUCAUUGCACGAUAAUGCACAUUGA